CCGGUCCUCCGAGCCUCAGCGGGUUGUAGGUGGUGGGGCUGCGACCCCUCCCACUGCGACCCCUCCCGCUCACCGCCCGCCUCCCUGCCCCUCGCCUGGCACCCCUGACAGGAGAGAUUUUACAAAUAGUGUUUGAGCAUCAUGGAGCUUCUAGGUUCUACCUUAACGGCAACUUAUGCCCACCCUAGACCAACACCAGCCAACUUCCUACCAGCCGUCAGUAGCAUGGCUUCAAGCUACAGGGAUCGCUUCCCCCACUACAAUUUGACCCAUAGCCUGAGCCUGCCUUGGAGACCAAGCACAUACUACAAAGCAGCCUCCAACUGGCCAACCUUGGACCCGUACUGCACCAGAUCUCAGAGGGUGUCCGAGAGCACCAUGCUACCUUUUGUUUCCAACAGAACCACCCUCUUCACCAGGUAUACGCCUGACGAUUGGUACAGGUCCAACCUAACCAACUUUCAAGAGUCCAACACUUCCCGACACAAUUCAGAGAGGCUAAGGGUGGACACAUCUCGCUUGAUUCAAGACAAAUACCAGCAAACAAGAAAAACCCAGGCAGACUCCACCCAAAAUUUGGGAGAACGAGUCAACGACAUAGGGUUUUGGAAAUCUGAAAUCAUUCAUGAGUUGGAUACAAUGAUUGGAGAGACAAAUGAACUAACUGACAUUAAGAAAAGAUUGGAGAGGGCUUUGAUGGAGACAGAAGCCCCUCUUCAGGUAGCCCGAGAAUGUCUGUUUCAUCGAGAGAAGAGAAUGGGAAUUGAUCUAGUUCAUGAUGAAGUGGAAAAAGAGCUGCUGACGGAAGUUGAUAUUAUUCUGUGUUGUCAAGAAAGGAUGAAGCUGUAUUUGGACAAGGCCAUUGCCCAACUGGCAGCCAACAGAGCUGCCCAGCAUGAGCUGGAGAAGGACCUGAGUGACAAGCAGUCGGCUUACAGGAUCGACGAUAAAUGCCACCAUCUGCGAAACACGUCGGACGGCGUCAGCUACUUCCGUGGAGUGGAGAGGGUGGAUGCCACGGUCUCAGUGCCCGAGUCCUGGGCCAAAUUUACGGACGACAACAUUCUUCGCUCCCAGAGUGAGCGAGCCGCCUCUGCGAAACUGAGAGACGACAUCCAAAACGUCCUGGUGGUGACGGCCAAUGAGAUGUGGAAUCAGUUCAACAAGGCGAACUUGGCUUUCACCAACCGCAUUGCUGAAACCGCGGAUGCAAAAAAUAAGAUUCAGACUCACCUGGCAAAGACCCUGCAGGAGAUUUUCCAGACAGAGAUGAGUAUCGAAUCCAUCAAGAAGGCCAUCAUGGAGAAGUCUGCCUUCCUGAAGGUGGCUCAGACCCGUCUGGAUGAGCGGACCAGGAGACCAAACAUAGAACUGUGCAGAGACAUGGCUCAGCUGCGGCUGGUGAACGAGGUGUACGAGGUGGACGACACCAUCCAGACCCUGCAGCAGCGCCUGAGGGACGCGGAGGACACGCUGCAGUCGCUGGCCCACACUAAGGCCACGCUGGAGCAUGACCUGGCAGUCAAGGCCAAUUCCCUGUACAUCGACCAGGACAAGUGCAUGAGCAUGCGCAGAAGCUUCCCCAGCACCCUGCGCCUGGUGGGCUUCUGCUAGGCGCUCUCCCCGGACCAGACGUGGCGCUCCCGGCACCAGGCGGGACCAGGGCCCUGCGCCCGCACUUAAGCAAGGGAUGAUCUGUUCACUUAUUAAAGGAUCGUAUUUAUAGACACGUAC